UAGUGUGAAUAGUAAUUCUGAGAUCAUAAGUAACAUAAUUAAUAACUUUGGAGAUGUUUAGAGAAUCAAGCACUGGGCACGAGGAAAGUAAAUAUUUACUGUUUGAUUUCCCUCUGUGAUUUCCCACCCUGCGUGAACGUGGCGGGGAGGUACGACGGUUACUGACAGCGACACUUUCUCUGCAUACUUCGAAAAAUCUCGCUUUCUGAGGAGAUGUACCUGCGCUAUCACGGACUGAUUGUGCCCAAGGAGACUCACUCUUAUGAGAGUUUGGAGUUUGCUCAGGGAUUCAAGUUUGAAGACGACGACGUCCUGGCUGUUACAUACCCGAAGUCAGGUACAAUCUGGAUGCAGGAGAUCCUCCCACUGGUGCUGAAUGGGGGGGAUCUGACCCCCAUCCAUACCAUUCCUAACUGGGAGAGAGUCCCAUGGCUGGAAGAGAAACACCUGGCACGGGUGGUGGCUAAGUUGGCAUCUCCACGGGCACUGGUCUCACAUCUUCCCUACAACUUCAUGCCCCCUUCCUUCUGUACCUCCAAAGCAAAGGUGAUUUAUCUCAUGAGGAACCCAAAGGACAUCAUGGUGUCUUCAUACUACUUCCACCAGAUGGCCGGCUUCCUUGAGGAUCCAGGAACGUUUGAUGAGUUCAUGGAUACAUUUCUUGAGGGCAAAGUGAUGUUUGGAAAAUGGACAGACCACGUGAAGAGUUGGAGAAACAGUGAACUGGGAGACAGAAUAAUGUACAUUACAUAUGAAGAAAUGGUUCAGGACCUGCCUGCGGCUCUCAGGCGUAUUUCUGAUUUCCUGGGCUGUAAUUUGACUGAAGAAGUAAUUCAGAAGAUAGCAGAGCAUUGUUCCUUCAAGACCAUGAAGAACAACAACAUGUCCAACUUCAGUCUGAUCCCCAAGGUGUACUUGGACCAUGACAAGUCUCCUUUCCUAAGAAAAGGUAUUGCUGGAGACUGGAAAACACACUUCAGCUCAGAGCAACUGGCCCGAUUCACCUCUGUGAUUUCCAAAGAGCUGGAAGGUGAGAGCUUCCCUCUGCCAUGGAGCUUGGAUUGACCACCAUCUGAAAUAGUGAGACGGAGAGAUCAGGAGUGGUAAAGACAAAAUCGAGACCUAUAUCGCGAGUAAUCUUUUAUUUUCUUAUAUAUUUGGAAGGAAAAUGACAAAUGGGUACACCGAUUUACUGAAGCAUGCAAACACGUGGAAAUACAGUACAUAAGGAGAAAACAAAGUUUGUCUUCUAACAAACUUGAAAGUCAGUAAUUUGUCAAAUCAAUUUUAUUCCUCAACGUAGCCUCAAUUGUCUUGGCAAGGUUUUCUUGUAAAUUCAGUGUUAUCCUAAAAGAUUAAGCCAAUCAGACGUUUUCCAGGUGGUAUUAGAAAGUGGAUCACCUUUGUACCUUUCUCCGGAUCUCCUCCAUACAUAUUGUUGACAAUUUGAACUAGACUUUUUAAAUUUGGAUCCAUCACUCUAAGAGACCUGUUGCCACUGAUCUUCAGUCCAGUUCUUGUAGAAUUUGGCAUACCUCAGCCAUUUCUCUCUGUUCACCUUCCUUAAGAAUGGCAUCUUGACAGCCACCCUUCCACUUAGAUCAUUUCUGACGAGACUUCAGUGAACAGUAGAUGGAUCAACUGAAGGAUCCGAUCCAUCUUUGAGGUACUGUGUCAGGUCUUUUCUGGAUUUCUUUCCUAAUUCUUAAGGACUGUUCAUGUACUGUAAUAUUUUUUUUAUGCUGGACACUUCUUCAUUUGUCUUCCACUUGUCCAGUUUCUUCAGGUUUCUUUUAGUAGACAAU